GUGAAGAAAUGUGUUUGACAUCCACACAAAAAUGAAAAAUCUAAUAUAAACAUCAGCCUCCCAUUCCAUUAUGCAUAAAUAACUUCUCUCUUUUCCCACCAAUUGUUUGAUAUAUUGCCCCACAGAGAGAAAGAUAGAAGAACAACAAUAAUAGGAACAGGAAACAAGAGAGAGAAGGUUUCUGAAGGAAAAGAGAAAGAGAGAGAAGGAUAAUAAUUGAGUUGUUGUGGUGAAUAGGAUUUUGUUGGGGUUAGGAGUGAAGAGGAGGACCCCACGUUACCCUCCUUCUUCAUCUUCACAUUCAUCAAUAUCAUCAUCAUCAUCUUCAUCUUCAUCAUAAUCAUUCUCUUAUAUAUCUUCUUUUUCUUCUGUGUAUGUUCCACCACCCCAAGACUUGUUUUUCCAUUGCUCUUUUCUUUUUGUUAGAUCUUUAAGGUGUUUUGGGGUGGGCCUAAUUCUUCUUCAGUUCAAACUAGCUAGAUCUGUUAUAGAUUUGUAGCACCAAAAAAAGAAAUUAUUUUAUCCUCUUUGGAGAUUCUGAAGAUAAGGUCUUAUUUUUGUAUUUUAACUCAUCUUAUCUCAUCAAAUAUAUUAUUAUUCAUUUUUAGCUUCUUGCCAAAUCCAAUUUUCCAGGUGUGUGUAAGUUGAUAUCAGAUCUUGGUGCCCCCCAUAAGGACCAUUUUCUCAAACAGAUUCAUAUUCUUCAUUGAAUGACAGCUGUUAAGGUUGUCUCUGUCUGCUUCUCCUUUUUGCAAUAGGAGAGGGAGGAAUCAGUAUUGUUAUUAAGCUACACAAACACAUGCUUUUGUUUGUUUGAUACCCCAAUUUUCACAUAUAAGAGGUUGUUAAAUGAAAAUUUUCCUUGGUUUCAUUGGUGUGAUUGUUACCUUAUUCUUAUUCUGAUCAAAACCUUGGUCUAGUCAGGCCCACCAUUGGGUUUAGGUGGCCUUUUAUUGAACCAAUAGAAAACCUUCAAACAUCUUAAAAAGGUGUUUGAAGGUUCCAACUUGCUUCAAUUGUUUCUUUGUGGCAAAUUAGUGAGCUCAUUCGGCUUAAAUUAAAAGGCUUUUAUGCAUAUAUAUAUAUAUAGAUAGAUAGAUAUAUGGAAUAUGCCAAACUGAAACUUGAACUGUGAAGGAUACCCUGUGUUGUAAUGCUACUUUACUUCAUAUAUUGUUUCUCAUUCUUGGUGUUUUUGAAGUCCCUUAUACCCUUGAAGCCACUUCCUCCGUCAUGGACAUCUGAGGUGAGGUUGAUCUCCCUCUUGUUCUGUGAAGACUUGUCUGUGAAAUCAAUCCCCAAGUUGUUCAACAGGUUUUGGAUUCUUCAUCUGUGUCAAGUUGUUAAGAGAAUGUCUCUUAUGAAGAAGACUCUAACCUCUUCAAAGGUGGAGAAUGUUGAGGACACAAAUGGCAUGUCAGUUUUGGACUUGCCUGACCUGGUGUUGGAGUGCAUUCUCGAGAGGCUUCCCCCGGCGUCGCUCUGCCAAAUGGCCGGGGUUUGCCGGUCCUUGAGGGAGAGAUGUGUUAGUGAUCACCUUUGGGAGAGGCACAUGAAACAGAAAUGGGGAAGAGUGAUUGGUCCAGUUGCUUAUAGGGAGUGGAAAUGGCAUGUUGCCUCAAAGAGGAAUGUUGGCAGCCCCAAGAAUGGCAAGCAAAGGAGCUUGAUGAGGCUUGUCACCCUUCAUUGGCCCUUUUCAUGGAUGAGAUCAAGAUUGGAUGAAAUCAAUAACAACAACAUCAACAGCAAGAGUUCUUUGCCUUCUGAUUCAAUGAUGACUUGGUAUCUUGCCCUUGAGACUGGAAAUUUCUGGUUUCCUGCUCAGGUCUAUAACCGCGAGAAUGGUCAUGUUGGAUUUAUGUUGUCAUGCUAUGAUGCUGAGCUUAGCUAUGAUCCACACACUGACACCUUCCAAGCCAGGUAUCCACCUCAUGGAAGAAGGGCAGUGGCUAUAGAACAUGGAAUCCAAUGGGAAAGGCUAAGAUCACCACCUGUUGAUACACCUCCUCAUGAUCUUCAUAUCACUGAUUGUCUAAAUGAUUUGCAUCCGGGUGAUCACAUAGAGAUUCAGUGGAGGAGAAACAAGGAAUUUCCUUAUGGUUGGUGGUAUGGUGUCGUAGGCCAUUUGGAGACAUGCGAUGGGAAUGAAAAUUACUGCCGCUGUCAUAGUAGUGACACAGUGGUGCUAGAGUUCAAUCAGUACACUCCUGACUCGCGCUGGAGGAGGACAACCAUCAGUAGGAAAGAUCAUCGUGAGGAGGGAAACGAGGCUGACGGAUUCUACGGAGGGAUCAGAAAGAUCAAGACUGAGCGUGAGAUUGCCAUUUGGAAAUGCCUUUGGCCUUCUGAAGUCUUGGACUAGUAGUACUCCUUGUAUCGAAUCGAAUUUACAGCAUAGCAUUAUGGCAAGACUUAUGAUCUACAUUCUCAUCAAUCAAUCAACCAAACAAAGCAUUGGCAAGAUCUUACAUUAAAGAAGGGGAUAUAUAGGACUCUCAUUCAGAUUGAGUGAACAUUGAGGCUUAUCCUCUAACUUGUUCCCCUUAUCAUUAUCACAUUUUUUGUUCCUUUCAUGGGAAACUUUAGGUUUAUUCCUAUUAUUUCAAUGAUGUAAAUUACUCAUUUAUGCACUAUUGGCAUAGAAUAUUCAUUCCACAAUAUAUAGUAUCUAUCUUAUUCUCAAA